UUCUUGUAUCUUUUCUCUCUUUCCUUUCUUCUUCAAUUUUGCUGAGAUUUUAGAGAAAAGUUUUCUAUUAAUUUAUUUUUAUUGUAGAGGUAUAAUAUUACAAGUUUAAUUUCCCUAGUGUGUCUUUACCUUUUGCCUUGUCUCCCUCACGAGACAAAAAGAGAAAGACAAACACUUUCUGUCUUUCUUUUCUUCCUCUCUCUCUCUUGCUCCGACCCCUUUCAAAAUUUGUAGCUAAUUAUGGCCUUAGAGGCUGUUGUUUACCCACAAGAUCCAUUCUCCUACAUAUCUUACAAAGAUUAUCAGUUUCACGACUUAUACUUUCAACAAGAAGAAGAUCGAGAUCCACUAGAAACCAAGAACAACGUUAAGCUAGGGCAAGAACAAAGACAAGGGUUUGAGAGUAUUUAUUAUAACGGCAACAGCGGAGAUAACAAUGAUGAUUAUAACUACAACGAUCACAAGGAUCUUCAAAGGCCACGGGACGACCUUCCUUAUGGAUCUAUCGUCGAUACGGAGAACCAGCCUCCAACGUCUGUUUUAGCGACGGGAGAAGGGAGGAGAAAGAGGAGGAGGACGAAGAGUAGCAAGAACAAGGAAGAGAUCGAGAACCAAAGGAUGACUCACAUCGCCGUCGAGAGAAACCGUCGGAAACAAAUGAACGAGUACCUCGCCGUUCUCCGUUCUCUCAUGCCACCUUCUUAUGCUCAAAGGGGAGAUCAAGCGUCAGUAGUAGGCGGAGCCAUUAACUACUUAAAGGAGCUUGAGCAUCAUUUACAAUCAAUGGAUCCUACGGUAAGCACCCCUGCCACAAAACAGGCUGGUGACGGCGCCGGUGACCAGAUGAACACGAUUGCCGCCAGCUCAUCUGGACCGUUCUCAGAUUUCUUCGCAUUUCCUCAAUACUCGAGAAGGCCUUCCUCGUCGUCUGUGGCUGAGGGAACGGCGGAGAUAGAGGUGACGAUGGUGGAGAGCCAUGCGAAUGUGAAGAUACUUGCGAAGAAGAGACCAAAACAGCUUCUUAAACUGGUGGCAUCGAUUCAGAGCCUAAGGCUUACUGUUCUUCAUCUCAAUGUUACCACUCGUGACGACUCCGUCCUCUAUUCCAUCAGUUUAAAGGGACCAGAAAGAUGACAUAUGCCUAUACAUGUGUGUAUGUGUGUACAUGUGUACUUGUGGAAGUUUUGGUGGUCACAGUGACAGAGCUGUGGAUGCACUGUGCACGGCAGAACGAAAUGACGCCACUAGUUUCCGGACACAUUCAUAAGCCUCUUCCUCGAAAUAUAUACAUUUUCUUUUAUUAUUUUUUCACUUUACCUUUUUUAACUGUAUCAACUCUUUUCAUGUAAUUUAUACUUGAAGUUUACUUUAAUUCUUUCUAAUUGAAAAUGGGUUGAUUCAGGUUGAAGAAGGGAGCCAAUUGAAUACAGUGGAAGAUAUUGCAGCAGCUGUGAAUCAAAUCCUAAGGAGGAUCGAAGAAGAUUCAUCCUUUAGCUAAUAUAGUUGAACUUUAGUAUGACACAUUUAGAGGAACUCUAAGUUUUCAUGUGUUAUCUUUUACUCGUUUCAUAUUAAAAUAAAAUAAAAAUAAGUAACUUUUCAUUGGUCUUUCCAUAUUUACUGCUUCACUUUUUCAUGAAUGAUGAUGCUUCAUUUGUCCUUUCCUUUAUAGCCUCUAUUCAGUCCAUCACUAAAAUUUAGCAUUUGCUUACCAAAACAUGGCGAGUGUGUAUAAUUGUAAUGGCAAGAUGGUAAGCGACUGAUUAGGAAUUCUGUCUCGACUAAGCAGCAGGAGUUUUCGAAAAUUAGAUCUUAUAUAGUCUACUUACACUACAAAAAAAUGAGUUAUUUCAAACAGCUAAAUUCGUUAGUUAUUUGUCUGGAAAGUCUUUUUCGACGGAUUUUCAACUGAUUUAGCAGUAAGCGUAAAUUCUUGAAGUUUUUUUCACAAACAAAUACCCAUCAAAUUUUUUUGACGGAAUUCUGAUUGUUUUCUGGUUAAUUCAUUUAAAUUUCAUCAAAAAUUUAUGACAAUUUUUUCACAAACAAAUAACUGUCGUAAAUUUAUGACGAAAUUUGAUUUUUUAGAUUAUCCAUUAGCAACAAAAUCGGCCAGAAAUUCCAUAGAAAACAAGGUGUUUUCUAUGUAGUGAUUUAUACAUUAUGUAUAGGCGAGUGUCUCGAUAGUAUGAUAAUAUCAAUGAAUCAAAAACUGAUUGAUAUAAAGGUGUGAUGUUUCUUGAAAUAACUUAAGUACAAAUAUAAAAUUCUUUGUUAGAAAUUGUUCUAGGUGAGUAGCAAAGAAUUUGAAGUAUUUGAAGGGCUACUUUUACAUUAUAAAAUCAAAACAAUAUAUCUGGAAUAUGAGAUAGUCACACUGCGGCCACGCGCGAUUCAAGGACCUUGCUAAAUGGUAUGAGAAGACAGUCGAAAAAUUGUAAAAUAUUCUAUAGGUUAAUAAUGAUCUUGCGUAAAAUAAAUUGAAAAAAAAUUGAUAAUGUUCUUGCGUAAAAUAAGAUAGUUCAAGUGUUUUUCUUUUGUUUUUAUUUACAUUUUGUCCUUAAUAAAUUUAUAAAUAGAAAACAGAAGAUUUACGAUCAUUUAACAUGUUUACCCAAAAAAAAGAGAUUUACGAUCAUGUCAUAUGAUAAUGCUGUUAUUCACUUAUCCUUGACUCUCUUUUUUCUUUUUGUCACGGUUAUUCUUGACUCUCUUUCACCCUUAUCAUGAUAAUGAUCCUGUUAUAUUUUGGUCGAACAGUUUAUUUGUAACAAGACGAUGAUGAUUGUCGUAUCAUGAAGACUUGUUAAUGAUCCUGUUAUAUUUUGGUCGAACAGUUUAUUCUUGACUCUCUUUCACCCUUAACAUGGAUGUACAAAAUUAGCAGUACGUGGGAUUCAUGGAACAAGACGAUGAUGAUUGUCGUAUCAUGAAGACCUAUCAAAGAUCUCUCGAAUCUAUGUUUUUCACUUUCUGAUUUAAAAAGCAAAAGCCAGAAAAAGUUAAAAAGUAAAAGUCUACUGAUGUGAUUACACAAAGUUAAAACUUAUUCCCUCUACAUAUAGCUGACUGUUCUGUUUUAGCAUCUUUUUCAUGAUUGGGAUUUUGAAUUACACGAACUUUUCUUUAACUUUGCCUUGGAGUAAAUAUUUGUUUGGAUGUGACUGAGAUUGAUAUAUUUUCACACCGUUCAUCAAUAUGAUCUAAAUGGUAAAAGACUUUCAGAUAAUCAGAUUGAUGAUUGAUCUGAAGCUGCAUAAUCUCCAACUUUUUUCUAUCAUCAAAGCUUCUAUUCUUUUAAAAAAAACAUCAAAGCUUCUAUUACCAUCAAAAUUUUAAUUUACAAGGAAAAUGAUGGUUAUUGGUUAACAUUUGCAAUUCGCAAGAAAAAGACGGGUGAAUGAGAGGCCCAAUUCGUUAAUUCAAUUCAAAUCCACUUGGACUAUAAUUUGAUCUUUGCCCAUACGGUAAACAGCUAAGGCCCCUUCAUUGCGAUACCAAUUGCCACUUCUGAAUUUGCGAUACCAAUUGCCACUUCUGAAUUGGUCUGUGGUCCAUUUCAAAAUACGUGUAAAUAUUCAAUACAAAACCAAUACAAAAUAAAUAUAAAAACAUGAAGACUCGAAUGGGAUAUUAAAUAACCGGGGCUUCUAGCUUUAGUGGUAAAAAGUUUACAGCUGUGAGUAUCACCACCUGGGUUCAAAUCCCGGCCACUGGGGAAUUAACAUUUCGGUUUCGCCAAAGACAGAUGAUUGAUACGUGGCAACACAUGACUAGUUUGGAUCACUUCUGUGAGGCCAGAAUAUCUCUGUAUAAUUCAAAAAAAAAUGGAUUAUUAAAUUUAUAUUUCCCGUAAUAAUUAAUUUUAAAAAAUGCGUUAUAUGGUCCAUGGAAUGCAUCAACAAUAAUAUUGGUCGGAGAACAUGUUUAUUUUAUUUUGUUGAUUACAUUCUUUGUUGCCAAAUGAUUUAGUGUGUAUAUAGGGGUGGGUACUGAUAAACUAAAAUUAAAUCUUAUCUAGUGUCAAGUUAAUAGUGAUUGUUGUAGUACUUUAGAUUCAAAUUAAGAGGACUAGUUCACACUUAUUCUUGUUGGAUCAAUAUUUAGUUAAGAUAUGAUGGGGUUUUGAAUUGAAAGUAACGUAAGGAACAAGUAACACGAACUGGUGGAGAUUUCAGAUUAAAGAAAAGUCGACCUAGGGUGAUUAAUUCAAGUCACUUUAAUCGUAAACCAAACAACUAUUCAGGUUCAACUCAGACCAAGAUUAGAACUCAGAACUCACGGUUAGAAGAGCACACUGUCGUGUAGUUGUUCCUUUCACCGAUCUAAAUCAUCGCCUAAGAUAUCGCUUGGUCUGAGAUCUGAUGGCGAACCUUAGUGUAUAAGUCCAAUCUGUUCACAUAAACACCCUAACAACUACUUUUGUGUGGCUUGGGAUGUUAUGCUCACUUAUACUAGAUCUAGCAAUUUAUGUCACUUUUGAUACAUAAGUUUAACCCAAGAUCAAAUACUAGGUGAUCAGAUUAGCACAAGCAUUAAUUAGUAAAGUAUAAAUGAAGACUAUUAAAGCAUAAAAGUAUUUGUGUUUGGCUUAAGUUCUAGCCCUAUAACACCCUAGAUCAACUAGCCGUCUACUAAACCAUAACACAAGAGACCAAAGACAUUGAUUUUGAAUAAUACCGCAUGUAAAUAAAGCAGAAAUAAAGAGGAUUCAAGGAUAAUCUUCUCUAGGUGAGAGAGAUGGAGCCGUCUACCAAUCACCCAUACAUUCACAUCUGAUAAUCACUCGCCGCCAACUACGCCGUUUCAUCUUCGUCCCAGGGCAAGACCCUCUAUACAACACUGGUGGUCUUACUCCUUUUGAGCUCAGUUCAUUUCCCAUUGUCUUUUUCAGACGAGAUUGUAGUAGCUCAAACGCUGAUCGAUGCUUCUUCUGUUGAUCCUUGAGGGCUGAGGAUGUCAAACUGUGUAGUGGUCUCGGCUCGUUUUUGUGUGAGCUUUCUUUGUUAUCCAAGUAAUACUCCAAAUAUUUUGGCUACUCAGGUCAACACAUUCCUAUGUUACUCUCUAAUAGACAUCAAAUUAUUACAGGAAGCUUUACUACAUUAACAAAAACUAUUAUAAUGUUGAACCAUGUGAUGUUAUCAUCUUAGUCUAAAACAAGACAUGAACUGAGAAGUUCUGUAACAAGCAAGAACUAAAAUGAUCUUACUAUUAUAAAAGCACCAGUGGGUUAUUAAUAUUAUAAAGACAUGAGCUGUUAGCCUGCAAAGUUUCUUCUCUUGAAGUUGGACUUGACUCAUUCUACUAGAAACAUCAUCAGUAACCACAUGGCAUAUCACAUGAUCCUCAUCUCAGUCACAUAUAUCUUCAUGGCUAAUAAGUGUAAAUGAAUGUGUAUUCAUAUAUUGAUGAAAAAAGAUGUGUAAACGUGAGGACAAAUAUUGGUCUACAAAAUUAAAACUAGUGGCACAGCAGUCAAACUAGAUCACGUGAUUUGAUCCCAAAGGUAACUUAGAACAAUUAUAUAACGACAAGAGUUUCAAUGUCGCUUACUUUUUGUAACUCAAACAUAGCUUGCUACCCAAAAAAUCUCAGUUCAGUCUCAGGAACAGAAGAGCCUAAGAGCUCCAAGAAAAGAGAUUUCACAAUGAAGAGAUUCCAUACAUUGGUUUCGAUUUCAGCAGCGCUGAUUUUGUUACUUGUAGCACUGUCUAGCAGCAAGAAUACUGUAGACGGUCGUCAGAUGGCGGCAGCUUCCAUGGACUUUGCUUCUAGUGAGGCUAUGAGAGAGUUGCAGAUGAACGAGGAGUCUCUAAGAGGUGAAAAAAAUAGCUUCCGAAGAAUCCCAAGGAGUGGCUCCAGCCCUAUAAAUAACAAGAAGGGUCCAGUAACAUAUGUAGGAGCAAGUAUAAAAAAGCAGAUCGCAUCAAGAGAACCAUAGUAAAUAAAAACAAAAUUUCUCAUGAAUCUUUAUAAUUUUUGUUUGUAGCAUAGAGUAAAUCACAAGGCAGUUAAAAAACGAUGUUAUUUCCUUUCGCUUUUACAGUUUUACUCCAGUUUCGAAUAUACGUUUGAAUUAAAAUCUUGUAACGAGGAGACGAAGGCACUGACCACCCAUGAACCCGACUCCAUCGGCUUGCCCUGGCUCAAAAACGUCGCCACCCAAUGGGAGUUCAUAAAACAUUUGUUUUCUCAGAUCAACACAAGAGUUCUAUAUUGAUAAAUGAAUUUAUGAGAUUGAUAAAGUUCAAAUGAUUGCAGAAAGCUCCUCAACUCUAACACAAUAGAUUGUCAUUUUUAGUUUAAAAAUCAUAUGAUUUUAUGCAUGAACUAUGAAAUUCAUCAAGAAGCAAAACUCUAGAGCUACAAUGAGCUCAACAUAGACAAGACAGAAGAACUAGCAAGCGGCUGGUACAGACAACGAAGAAAACUAACUUAGCAAUUUUAUUUGGUCUUGUGCACUGCAUAACUAGACCGGCAAGAUAUUCUUUUUCACCUUUUAAUUAUCUAUUCAAAGCUUGUAACUAAAAUACAAAGAAAAACAAAGCAGUUGAUGACUAUUAUAAAGACAUGAGCUGUUAAUCAGUGAAGGCUAAUCAUCAGUGAAUGAAUGUGUUUGCAUGUGUGUAUGCGAGGACUAAUCUGAAAUCAUUAGAUUAAAGAAGAUAUCCUCACUAUCUGAAAUACAAGUGUAGAAGAAUAAACAUUAUUGGCACAACAGUCAAACUAGAUCACGUGAUUAGAUCCCAAAAAGUCUCUUAGAACAAUAAUACAAUCUACAAAGCAACAAGAGUUUCAAUCUCUCUCUCUCUCUCUCUUUUUUCUUUUUAACUCAAACAUAGUUAGCUAACCAAAAGUUUCCUCAGCUGCAGCCUCAGAAACAGAACAACCUAAAAUCUCCAAGAUAAAAACAUAUCAAAAAGGAGUAUUCACGAUGAAGAUGUUCCAUACAUCGGUGUCAACUUCAACAGCUCUGAUUCUGCUACUUGUAGCUUUGUGUAGCACCAAGAAUAGUGUAGAGGGUCAGCAGAUGGCGCCAGCUUCCAUGGCUAUAGCUUCUGGUAAAGCUGUGAGAGAUUUGCAGAUAAACAAGGAGACAAAAGAAGAGUCUCCAAGAGUUGAAAAAAUAGCUUCCGGAGAAUACCAAGGAGGGGCUCUAACCCUAUAAACAACAAGAACUAUCCCCUCAAAGAUGUUGGAGGAAGUAGGAAACAGAGCACCACCGAAAGAGAACCAUAGAUCCUUUUUUUUUUGUUCUCUUCGGUCCUCUUUUGUGUGUGUAUAGAACAGUGUAUCUAAACUUGUUUCUAGAAGCUGUAAUGUAAUUGAAGCAUAAGAAACCAUCCUAUAAGUUUGAUACUGUUACAGUUACUAGA